AUGCACGGUCCAACGAAUGACGAGGACCGUCGAGAAAAGAAGCGAAAGUCAUGUCGCAUGUCCUCGAAGAAAUUCCGACAGAAGCAAAAAGAGCGAAUUGUAGAUUUAGAGGAGAAGGUUCGCAUUUUGUCUGGAGAGUGCCCCAAUGAACAAAUUGCCGACCUUUGGAAAUUACUUGGCCGGGUGUCCAAAGAGCGAGACCACGCGAUUAAGGAGAGAGAUCGGGUAAUCAAGGGGAGAGAGGAGGUAGCCAAGGAAAGGGACUGUUUGCUCCAGCUUAGGCUAUCGAGAACUUCUGAUCUGGAGGGCAACUCAACCACAACCACUCAUACAAGCAAACCACAUUCAGAAGCAAGAUACCAAUCUCCAAAUUCUGUCGGACCUUCACAAUCAUACUUAACCCUACCUGAAGAAUUCUCCUCAAUGGUAUCUCAAGAAGCAGAACUGGAAACAAUGCCACAAUUCUCCACGCUCGACUGUUUUCAGCCCUCUGAGCAUCACGGAGACCAAUUUGAUGGCGAUCUUUCACAAUCGUUUGACCCCAAUCAACUUGAAUUUGAUCUUAUGCGCUGCGAUUAUCCUGCGUGGAAUAGGAACUCCGCGUGA